AUGAGCGGGAGCAGCGCGGCGCCCGGGCCGGGCUCGGGCUCCUCCCCGGCCGCCUGCCGCUUCGCGCACUACUUCGUGCUGUGCGGGAUCGACGCGGACAGCGGGCUGGAGCCCGACGAGCUGGCGGGUGAAAAUUUUGACCAGAGUCCUCUAAGAAGAACAUUCAAAUCCAAAGUUCUGGCUCAUUAUCCUCAGAAUAUAGAAUGGAAUCCUUUUGAUCAAGAUGCAGUAAACAUGUUGUGUAUGCCUAAAGGGCUAUCUUUCAGAACACAAACUGACAAUAAAGAUCCUCAGUUCCACUCAUUUAUAAUUACCCGGGAAGAUGGUUCUCGUACCUACGGUUUUGUUCUCACUUUUUAUGAAGAAGUUACAAGCAAGCAGAUCUGCACAGCAAUGCAGACGCUGUACCAGAUGCACAAUGCUGAGCAUUACAGCAGCGUGUAUGCUUCGUCCUCCUGCAGCAUGGACUCGCUGGCAAGCAGUAUUGACGAGGGAGAUACAACUUCCCUUUUGAAACUCCAGAGAUACAACUCUUACGACAUCAGCAGAGACACCCUGUAUGUUUCAAAAAGUAUAUGCUUGAUCACACCACUGCCUUUCAUGCAGGCCUGCAAGAAAUUCCUUAUCCAGCUUUAUGAGGCAGUUACGUCACAGCAGCCACCACCCUUGCCACUUGAGAGCUACAUCCAUAAUAUCCUUUAUGAGGUGCCCCUUCCACCUCCAGGGAGAUCACUGAAAUUUUACGGUGUUUAUGAACCUGUCAUUUGUCAGAGGCCUGGGCCCAAUGAACUCCCCCUCUCUGAUUACCCUCUUCGGGAGGCCUGCGAGCUCCUGGGAUUAGAGAACCUGGUGCAGGUAUUUACCUGUGUUCUUUUAGAGAUGCAGAUACUUCUCUACUCACAAGAUUAUCAACGCUUGAUGACUGUGGCGGAAGGCAUCACCACACUUUUGUUCCCAUUUCAAUGGCAACAUGUUUAUGUGCCCAUACUCCCUGCUUCCCUGCUACAUUUUCUUGAUGCUCCUGUCCCUUAUCUGAUGGGCCUUCAGUCAAAAGAAGGAACUGACCGUUCUAAACUAGAACUUCCUCAAGAGGCUAAUUUGUGUUUUGUGGAUAUUGACAACCAUUUUAUUGAAUUGCCUGAAGAAUUUCCACAAUUUCCCAAUAAGGUGGAUUUCAUCCAGGAACUCUCUGAAGUUCUUCUUCAAUUUGGGAUUCCUCCUGAGGGUAUCCUACACUGCAGUGAGAGUGCUACCAAACUGAAGAAUCUGGUUCUGAAAGACUUGGUCAAUGACAAGAAGAAUGGCAAUGUCUCCACUAACAACAUCAGCAUGUAUGAGUUACUUAAGGGCAAUGAAACCAUAGCUCGCCUCCAGGCUCUAGCUAAGAGGACCGGUGUGACUGUAGAAAAAAUGGACCUCCCUGCCUCAGUGGGUGAAAAAGAAAAAGAUUUAAAACUACAGUGUGAAGAGACAGAACUGAGGGACUAUAAACUCAAUGUACAACUCCGAGAGGUCUUUGCUAAUCGCUUCACACAGAUGUUUGCAGAUUAUGAAGCUUUUGUGAUUCAGACUGCCCAGGACAUGGAAUCCUGGCUUACCAAUCGGGAACAGAUGCAGAACUUUGACAAAGCUUCCUUUCUGUCUGACCAGCCUGAGCCUUACCUACCGUUUCUUUCACGCUUCAUUGAAACACAGAUGUUUGCCACCUUUAUUGAUAAUAAAAUUAUGUCUCAAUGGGAAGAGAAAGAUCCUUUGCUUCGAGUCUUUGACUCUCGUAUUGAGAAGAUGAGACUGUAUAAUGUAAGGGCGCCUACCAUGCGGACAUCUAUAUAUCAGAAAUGCAGCAUUUUAAAAGAAGCAGCCCAAUCAAUUGAGCAGCGACUGAUGAAAAUGGAUCACACAGCAAUCCACCCACACCUACUUGAUAUGAAAAUUGGUCAAGGCAAAUAUGAACGAGGGUUCUUUCCAAAGUUACAGUCUGAUGUCUUGGCAACAGGACCGACUAAUAACAAUCGCUGGGUAAGUCGAAGUGCCACCACACAGCGUAGAAAAGAACGCCUUCGCCAGCAUUCUGAGCAUAUUGGACUAGACAAUGACUUGAGGGAGAAAUACAUGCAGGAGGCACGAAGUUUGGGAAAGAACCUGAGACAACCCAAAUUAUCAGACCUCUCUCCUGCAGUGAUUGCACAGACCAACUGGAAAUUUGUAGAAGGUUUAUUAAAAGAAUGUAGAAUGAAGACAAAACGCAUGUUGGUUGAGAAGAUGGGACAUGAAGCAGUGGAACUGGGUCAUGGAGAAGCAAACAUAACUGGCUUGGAGGAAAAUACCUUGAUCGCCAGCCUCUGUGACCUGCUGGAAAGGAUAUGGAGCCACGGCUUGCUGAUAAAGCAGGGGAAGUCGGCUUUGUGGUCACAUUUAAUUCAAUUUCAGGACAGAGAAGAGAAACAAGAGCAUCUUGCAGAAUCACCAGUUGCCCUUGGACCAGAAAGAAGAAAAUCUGACUCAGGAGUUAUGCUGCCGACACUUAGGGUCUCUCUGAUCCAAGACAUGAGGCAUAUUCAAAACAUGAGUGAGAUCAAGACUGAUGUCGGACGAGCUCGGGCAUGGAUAAGACUGUCCCUAGAAAAGAAGCUCUUGUCCCAGCAUCUCAAGCAGUUGCUUUCUAACCAGCCACUCACCAAGAAGCUUUAUAAGCGGUAUGCUUUCCUACGUUGUGAGGAAGAAAGAGAGCAGUUUCUUUACCAUCUUCUUUCCCUCAAUGCUGUGGACUAUUUCUGCUUCACCAGUGUGUUCACCACUAUCAUGAUUCCAUACAGGUCAGUGAUCAUCCCAAUCAAAAAGCUGAGCAAUGCAAUCAUCACAUCCAACCCAUGGAUCUGUGUAGCAGGAGAGUUGGGAGACACAGGAGUAAUGCAAAUUCCCAAAAACCUCCUUGAAAUGACUUUUGAGUGUCAGAACUUGGGGAAGCUAACCACUGUGCAGAUUGGUCAUGAUAACUCUGGACUGUUAGCCAAAUGGCUAGUGGAUUGUGUCAUGGUCAGAAAUGAAAUCACAGGCCAUACCUACAGGUUCCCAUGUGGGCGGUGGCUGGGGAAAGGCAUCGAUGAUGGAAGCCUGGAGAGAAUUCUUAUUGGAGAACUGAUGACCUCAGCAUCAGAUGAGGAUCUGGUAAAGCAAUGCCGGACUCCACCUCAGCAGAAAUCACCCACCUCAGCUAGGAGAUUAAGCAUUACUUCACUGACAGGAAAAACUACUAAGCCUAAUGCUGGACAGAUCCAAGAAGGAAUUGGAGAAGCUGUGAACAAUAUUGUGAAACAUUUUCACAAACCUGAAAAAGAGAGAGGAAGCCUGACAGUAUUGCUGUGUGGAGAAAAUGGCCUGGUUGCAGCACUUGAGCAAGUUUUCCAUCAUGGGUUCAAAUCUGCUCGCAUCUUUCACAAGAAUGUUUUUAUCUGGGACUUUAUAGAGAAAGCCGUUGCUUAUUUUGAAAACACUGACCAGAUUCUAGACAAUGAAGAUGAUGUCCUAAUUCAGAAAUCAUCCUGCAAAACCUUCUGCCACUAUGUACAUGCUAUUAAUACUGCACCCAGGAACAUUGGAAAGGACGGCAAAUUCCAGAUUUUAGUUUGCCUUGGAACACGGGAUCGCCUGCUUCCACAGUGGAUUCCAUUAUUAGCUGAGUGUCCUGCCAUCACCCGAAUGUAUGAAGAGAGCGCCCUCCUGAGAGAUCGCAUGACUGUCAACUCCCUCAUCCGCAUCCUGCAGACCAUUCAGGACUUCACCAUAGUCUUGGAGGGAUCACUCAUCAAAGGAGUGGAUGUGAACCCAGUUGGCUAA